AUGAGUGCCAGGGCGCCUUUCCUUCCGUCACGACCUGCAUCUCGUGCAGCGCACCAGCUCGCCGCCACGAUCAGUGGACAGGCGAAAGGCUCAACUAGCAAGGAUGCAGCUGGUCCCGAGGCCCACACACAAAAGUUACGCUCUGGCGGGGACGUUACUGAUUCUAGUGCAGCUGAGACGGCUCCCAUAUCAACGGUCAAUAGGCCUUUGAAUCUUGUUGCAUUCAAAAAACCCAAACCGGACGGCGCUGGCGCUAGGCCCCCCUCUAGGAACAUGAACGCGUUUAACGAAGCAGCUACUCGCGCACGCUCUCCAACUCACUGGCCAGAGCAAAGAGGGAUGCGCAUACAUGCACCCCGCCCGAGAUCUCCUCAUUUUCCCAACAGUUCGGUCUUCACCUCCACGAUGAGUUUCAAAGAACCCUCGCUUCCUCUGUCUUUUUCUGCGGGCUUGAAUGGGCAAACUGACGAGCAUAUAUCUACCUCUGAAGGCAACAAUACUUCUGAGAAUGCUCCUGGUGCUAUGAUCGAAGAGCACAACCUGAUCCGCACUGCUUCGCCUUUCAAACCUAAUGGUCUGUUAGCGUUUUCGCGUCUCAAGGCGUCUGGCCCUUCUUUAGAGAGCAUACAAGAGGAUGCUGAAGAACAUGGGGUCGCUAACGUUCGCCCUGAAGCGCAUAUAUUGAGGCGUAUGGGUAAGAAGAGGUCCUUUGCAGUCGUGGAGGACUACGAAGGCAAUUCUGGCGGCCUUUCGAAGCGCCUUAAAUCUGGGGAUUCGCAUGUCAAUAGCGACAAUGUUGGCCGCCCCCAUUCCUCUCGUAUAAAUAAUACUGCCUCUAUUUCGUCUUCUUCGGGCUAUGACCUCGUCCAACAGCAUGAACAACCAAGAAGAUCUUCUUUUUUCGGGGGCCAUGACAGCCUUGUAUCUCCUACGUCUGCCCCUGAUCUUCUGCAGCCUUCAGAAGUUUCGCAGGCUCCUCAAGCGCCACCAUUUGCGAUGUUCAUGGACAUGUUCGGAAUAUCACUGACAGAAGCAGACGUCGAGCAGUAUGCCGAGAUGUAUGAACGCGAAAGGCAGAGGUGGAACUCGGUUAAUCUCGAGGAGCACAAGGCGGGUGAGGCAGAGCUCAUGGGAAAAAUCGGGAAGCUUGUGACUUCGGUGAGCGCUUCCCUUCUUACUCAAUCGUAUCAUAACUGA